UUCCUACCUUCUCUCUUAAAUUAAAUACAUAUAUAAAGCAACAGUCCAUCACUUCAUCUUCACUUUAGCCUAUAUCCAUAGAUAACACAUCUGAGAUAUCAUCUGUAUUUAUAUAUAUAUCAUCACAAUAUGGAAAAGAACAAGAAAAGAUUGAACGAAACCCUAAUUAAAGGCGAAGAUUCUGCAAAGAAGCUACAGGCUUUACUUUGCCGGAGAGCUUAUAAUGAUGGGUCGGUUUCUGUUGAAGAUCUUGUGAUGGAAAUACUUGGAUCUUUCUCCCGUGGCCUUUCAAUGUUGAGAUCUUGUGAUUCCGGAGAGUUUGCCGGUGCUCCGGCGAGUCCCGAUAUGACUUUGGCUACGUCCGGUGACCAGACACCGGAAGUUAAAAACAGGAAGAAACCGGCGCCGGCUUUGAAGGAACGGAGAGGUUGCUACAAGAGAAGAAGGACCAUAGAUUCAAGGGUGAUAACAAGUGUUACAAUUGAAGAUGGUUAUGCAUGGAGGAAAUAUGGUCAAAAAAUGAUCCUCAACUCCCAAUCCCCAAGGUGUUAUUACCGAUGCACCCACAAACCCGAUCACGGGUGUAAGGCGCAAAAACAGGUUCAGAAAUUGGAAGAUGAAUCAAAUAUGUAUCACAUCACAUACUUUGGCCACCACACUUGCCCAACUCUGAAUAAUUUUUCACACUCAGGAGUUGUCCUUGAUUUUAAUGGGGGCGCCUCCAAAAACCCUCAUUCUCUCUCAAACAGCCCCUCAGCUAUUACAAAUUUCCAAGUCCAGCCCUCGAUAAAACAAGAAGUCGAGUCUAAGACCCAAAGUACUGAUGUGUCCGUGUCCGACAACGUGUCGUCAGCCAAUGAUGGUUAUUCUCAUAAUUCGUCCCCUGCUUUAGAGUGGAAUGAGAUAUGGCAGCAUAAUCAAUUGGGUUCUUCAGGUCAUGAGGGUCCACCAUUCAUGUGGUUUGACAAUGAAGAUUCUUGUGCAUCCACUAGCUCUCAUGGCUAUUUAGAUAUGGAUUUUCUCAACAAUGAUGGGUUUUCAAGUGAUUUCCUAUUCGAUGAAGUCUUGUCUUAGGUUAAUUUGAUGGGUGGAGGAUUAAUGUACAACUUCUAUGGCAUAUAUAAGAUACAAGUUAAUUACCAUGGUAGGAUUUAUUGGCUAAAGCUAUGAUCUUAUUGCAAAGAGAGUAUCCCAGUUAACCCGUGGAGACUGUUAUAGCCAUACAACAGCUAGACAACAAACUGCAUACAGUUAUCGUUGGCCAUCUAAGAUAGAACUUAAUUAGAAGCCUACACAACGAAAUAUCCGUUGUACUAUUUUAUUUUACUUUGUAAAGUGUAUUUUAGGUUUUAGUGUUACCUUAUGAGAGGUUUACAACAUAAAAUGCACAAUAUUGUACAGUGUAAUAUAUUAUCCUUUCUCAAAUUAUUCAAAUAAAAGUUAUAUAUUUCUUAUA